GCCACAUCCUUCUUACCUCGCUACAUCGCCAGCCAUACUCAUCCCUCGCGGCCACCAUAUGGCUCCUUCAGCCUCUCCUGAGGUGCGCCGCUGGAUAGGUGACCACUGCAUUGGAUUGUAUGGCCAGUCCAAUAGCGUCAUCGUAGACUUCGUCUGGGCCUCUGCCCUCAAGGCAAAGUCAGCCACCGACCUCUUCCACUCCCUCACCUCCCUCGAUCUUCCCGAUACACCCGAGGCGCAUAGCUUCGUACGACAGCUUUGGGCUAAGCUCCCGCAAAACCAGAUCUCCGCAAGCUCUGCGCAAGCUGGGUCCAGCCGCGCUGCCGCUCCCGGUGUUGGAAGCGCAGCCCAAGAUGCUUCAGGCGCCUCAGGAUCAAAGCGGUAUGGGCUGCUAGUUGACGAUGCUGGAGAGGAACAUUUGGCUAUCAAGCCCGAAAAGAAGAAGAGAAAGAAACUCAAAGACGAGGCGUUGGACAGAUCGCUAGACAAGAAGUUGGCGAUCGAUGGGGAGGCCGAGCCGGAAGAGGACGAAGAGAAGAAGCUCGAGCGCGAGAGGCUGAGGGAUCAACAGGAGCGGGACGAGUUCGCUGCUAGGAUGCGAGAGAAGGACAAGAGCUCUACGAAGAAGCUCGUAGAGGAUCACUCGAAUGCUAAAGUGAAUCCUGAGGCAGCCGCUCGACGUCUGCUGGCAGAGGAUGAGAAGGCGCGGCAGGCUGCGAUGCCCAACUUGCGAGAUCGUUCGCGUCAGGAGUACCUCGCCAAGCGGUCGCAGCAGCAGAUUGAUCUGCUCAGACUGGAGAUAGCCGAAGAAGAACGCUUCUUCAAGGGAGUCAAGCUUUCGAAGAGAGAACAAAGGGAGCUGGAUUACAAGAAGGAAGUUUUGCGUCUGGCCGAGGAAAGGGAGAGGAUACAGGAUGGAGACGAUGGCUAUGCGAUGCCCGAAGACUACAUUACGGAGCAAGGGAAGCUGAGCUCUAGGAAGAAGGAGGCAGCGCUCUAUAAGAGAUAUGAUGAUGCCAAGGCCGAGAGAAACGCGCAAGCAAGUCAUAUCACAGAUGUGGACCUCUUCGAGAAGGAGCAGAUCGAUCGCUCUCGGAUAGUGGUUGACAAGUCUGGCAUGUCAACAGGAGAAGCCGGCGUCGAGGCUGGAGAGUACGACUACGUAUUUGAUGAGGAGCAGACCAUCAAAUUCGUCAUGGACUCUGCCAACAAGCUCAACGGCAGUAUGAAGCCCGAAGACAUUGAGCUACAGAAGCGGAUAGCCGAUUCCGAGGCAAAGGCCAACUCCAUUGAAGAGACGAGGAAGACCUUGCCCGUCUAUAAGCUGCGCGAAGACUUGAUGGAUGCGAUUGCGCAACAUCAGAUUCUCAUCGUCGUCGGAGAGACUGGCUCGGGCAAGACUACCCAGCUGCCCCAAUUCCUCCACGAGUACGGUUACACCAAGGGCGGAAUGAAGGUGGGCUGUACUCAGCCGCGAAGAGUUGCGGCCAUGAGUGUUGCAGCUCGAGUGGCCGAGGAGAUGGGCGUCAGGCUCGGUCGAGAGUGUGGCUACAGCAUUCGAUUCGAGGACUGCACGUCCGAGGAUACCGUAGUCAAGUACAUGACCGAUGGAAUGCUCCUGCGAGAAUUUCUGACUGAACCAGAUCUCGGUGCCUACUCAGCUUUGAUGAUCGACGAAGCUCACGAGAGGACGUUGAGUACGGAUGUCCUCUUUGGUCUAGUCAAGGACAUCGCUAGAUUUCGGCCGGAUCUCAAGUUGAUCAUAUCCAGCGCUACGCUGGACGCGGAGAAGUUCAGCGAGUUCUUCGACAAUGCCCCGAUCUUUUACGUCCCCGGACGUCGUUUCCCCGUCGAUAUACAUUAUACCCCUCAACCAGAGGCGAACUAUCUGCAUGCAGCAAUCACUACGGUAUUCCAGAUCCACACUACACAACCGCUCGGUGGCGACAUCCUGGUCUUUCUCACUGGUCAAGACGAGAUUGACAGUGCAAUGGAGAGUAUACAGGAGACUGCAUACGCUCUCGGCAAGACGGUCCCUGAGCUCAUCGUCGCUCCGAUCUAUGCUAAUCUGCCGAGCGAGAUGCAAGCUAAAAUUUUUGAGCCCACGCCAAAGGCCGCAAGAAAAGUCGUCCUGGCUACCAACAUUGCGGAGACUUCUAUCACCAUUGAGGGUGUCGUCUACGUGAUAGACCCCGGCUUUGUCAAGCAGAACUCAUACAACCCAAGGACCGGUAUGUCGUCUCUGACUGUGGUCCCCUGCUCCCGAGCCGCCGCCGACCAGAGGGCUGGUCGAGCUGGGCGGGUUGGUCCAGGCAAGGCCUUCCGUCUCUUCACGAAGUGGGCCUUUCAGAACGAGCUCGAUGCUAACACGACUCCUGAGAUUCAGCGGACGAACUUGUCAAACGUCGUGCUGCUACUCAAGUCGCUCGGAAUUAACGACAUCCUGAACUUUGACUUUCUCGAUCCGCCGCCGACGGAUACUCUGAUGAGGUCAUUCGAGCUCCUCUACGCCCUGGGCGCCUUGAACGACAAGGGCGAGUUGACGAAGCUUGGCAGAAGGAUGGCCGAGUUUCCCAUGGACCCGCAGCUAUCGAAAGCGGUCUUGGCUAGCGAGUCUUACCGCUGCACAGACGAGGUCUUGUCAAUCGUCUCGAUGCUCUCAGAAAGCUCUGCUCUCUUCUUCCGACCCAAGGACAAGAAGCUCCACGCAGACAAGGCUCGCGCGGCCUUUGUCCGGCCUGGUGGGGAUCACUUUACACUUCUACAAGUGUGGUCUGACUUUGUCGAGAAUGGCUUCUCGCAUAGCUGGUGUAUGGAGAACUUUGUUCAGCCAAAGGUGCUGGGUCGAGUGCGAGACAUUCGAGAUCAGCUAGCUCAGCUCUGCGAGCGAGUCGAAUUGGUCCCCGAGUCGAAUGAGAAUCCCGGCGAUAUCAGUCCGAUCCAAAAGGCCAUCACCGCGGGUUUCUUCAUGAACUCGGCGAGACUAGGCGGCGACUCCUAUCGGGCGAUCAAGCAGAAUCAAACGGUGCAUAUCCACCCUAGUUCAUGUCUGUACCAACACAUUCCACCACCGCGGUACCUCGUCUACUUUGAGCUAGUGGAGACGUCGAAGAAUUUCAUGAGGCAGGUCAUGGAGAUCAAAUCUGAGUGGCUGCUAGAGGUGGCCAAGCACUUUUUCAAGAGGGAAGAGCUGAUGGACGACAAGAGCCGUAAGCAGAUCAAGGGCGUAGGGAUCAGCAGCGGCGCGUAAUGAUUGUAUUGGUCUCGUCACCCCCACACCCAAAUGUAAGAUCAGAAGGAGGCAGUGCGCCUGUGCCAUUGAUAAGCAACCCAACUGCCCUUUCCGAUGCCGAGUUGCGCGCGGUGGUGACUCUCCAAUCGCCGAGGCUGAGCAAUGAGGCCCCGCCCGGCGCGAGGACGUCAGGAUUUAUCAAAGGGCCACCCCCUCGUCCGUCCGUCUCU